AUGGGAUUUUCUUCUGCACCAAUUGUAAUUGACGCAAAAGACCAUCUUUUGGGACGUUUGGCUGCUUUUGUAGCUAAAAGUGCUUUAGAAGGACAAAAAGUUAUUGUUCUUCGUUGUGAGGAUCUUGUUAUUUCCGGAAACUUCCAUCGCUCAAAGAUAAAAUUCCUUUCAUUCAUGAACAAAAGAUGUAAUAUCAAUCCAAAUCGUGGUGCUUUCCACUAUCGUGCUCCAUCAAAGAUCUUCCAACGUACUGUUCGUGGUAUGCUUCCACACAAAACAACUCGUGGAAUGAAUGCUCUUAAAAGAGUUCGUGCUUUUGAAGGUGUCCCACCUCCAUAUGACAAAGUAAAGAAGAUGGUUGUUCCAAAUAUUGUUAGACAUGUUGCUCUUAAACCAACAAGAGACUUUUGUCAACUUGGCAGACUUUCUCAUGAAGUUGGAUGGCAAUACAAAGAUGUUGUUGCUAAACUUGAAGCUAAAAGAAAAGUAAAGGCUGCUGCUUACUACGUUCAAAAGAAGAACUUGAACAAACUUAAAGCUAAAGCUGUUAAGAAUACAGAAUCUAAGGUUGCUGAAUACAAUAAGAUCCUUGCUAAUUACGGAUUUUAA